AUGGAGCUGCUCGGUGGCGGCGGAGCGCGGCGGCGGCGGCGGCAGAGGCUCGCGUGGGCCGCGGCGGCGGCAUUGGCGUCGCUGCUGCUAGUGGGUGUCAGCCUGGCUGCCGCUGAUGAAGAAGGAACUCAAGAGGAGUCCUUUGAGUCAAAGACAACCUUGCCUUCUGAAGAACAGGUGAAAGACCAUUCAACAGGAACCCAAGUGGUAGCUGGUCAGAUCUUCAUUGACUCUGAGGAGCCAGAGACUCAUACUGAAAAUGGAGAGAGUUUCAGGAGCCAAGAGGAGGCACAGGAAAAAACUUUGGAGGACUUAAGUUCUCUAGAACUGUCAAACCUAUUAAAUAAGGACUUGGAAGAGGUAGAAGCACAAAAAACAGUUUUGACAGCCAUUGCAGGAACUGCAGAUGGUGAACUGUGCCACUUCCCGUUUCUUUUUCUGGAGAAGGAAUACUCAGAAUGUACAGUAGAUGGGAGGGAAGAUGGCAGACUCUGGUGUGCAACAACCUAUGACUACAAGAGCGAUCAAAAGUGGGGCUUCUGUGAAACUGAAGAGCAAUCUAAUAAGAGAAGACAAAUGCAAGAGGCAGAGGAUGUUUACCAAACUGGGAUGAAAAUCCUUAAUGAAAGCAGCAAAAAGGCCCAGAAGAAAGAAGCCUAUAAAUAUCUUCUGAGAGCAGCUGACAUGAAUCAUACUAAGGCGAUGGAAAAAGUGUCUUAUGCUAUGUUGUUUGGAGACUACCUGAAGCAAAACAUCCGGUCAGCUAAAGAGCUCUUUGAGAAACUGACUGAAGAAGGGUCUCCUAAGGGGCAAACAGCCCUUGGAUUUCUCUAUGCAUCUGGGCUUGGUGUUGAUUCCAGCCAGGCUAAGGCUCUAGUUUAUUACACUUUUGGAGCUCUUGGAGGAAAUUUAAUAGCACAUAUGAUUUUGGGCUACCGGUACUGGGCUGGGAUAGGAGUCCUCCAAAGCUGUGAAUCCGCCCUCACGCAUUACCGUCUAGUAGCCAACCAUGUGGCUAGUGACAUCUCUUUAACAGGAGGCACAGUGGUGCAGAGAAUUCGUUUGCCAGAUGAAGUAGAAAAUCCAGGAAUGGCAAGUGGGAUGCUGGAGGAGGAUUUGAUACAAUAUUACCAAUUUCUAGCUGAAAAGGGAGAUGUACAAGCACAGGUUGGGCUUGGACAGUUGCAUCUGCAUGGAGGAAGAGGAGUAGAGCAAAAUCAUCAGAGAGCUUUUGAAUACUUCAGUCAAGCAGCUGAUGCUGGCAACUCACAUGCAAUGGCAUUUUUGGGGAAGAUGUAUUCAGAAGGAAGUGAUAUUGUACCUCAAAGCAAUGAAACCGCUCUUAAAUACUUCAAGAAAGCUGCUGAUAUGGGUAAUCCAGUAGGGCAGAGUGGUCUAGGAAUGGCUUAUCUAUAUGGAAGAGGUGUUCAAGUGAAUUAUGAGCUGGCACUGAAAUAUUUCCAGAAGGCAGCUGAACAAGGAUGGGUGGAUGGACAGCUUCAGCUAGGUUCCAUGUAUUACAAUGGCAUCGGAGUCGAGAAAGAUUAUAAGCAGGCCUAUAAGUAUUUCAAUAUGGCUUCUCAAGGAGGCCACAUCCUGGCCUUCUAUAACAUGGCGCAAAUGCAUGCCACUGCCACUGGAGUAAUGCGCUCCUGUCAUACUGCUGUUGAGCUAUUUAAGAACGUGUGUGAACGGGGCCGCUGGUCUGAGAGGCUUAUGAAUGCCUACAAUAGCUAUAAAGAUGGUGAUACAAAUUCUGCUGUUGUUCAGUAUCUCCUGUUGGCAGAACAAGGCUACGAGGUUGCACAAAGCAACGCUGCCUUCAUUCUUGAUCAAAAAGAGGCCAGCAUAAUAGAAGAGAAUGAGACUUAUCCUAGAGCCUUACUACACUGGAAUAGAGCUGCCUCUCAAGGUUACACCGUUGCUAGACUGAAACUUGGAGAUUAUCAUUUCUACGGUUUUGGCACUGAAGUUGAUUAUGAAACGGCAUUUAUUCACUACCGCCUGGCGACGGAACAACAACACAGUGCCCAAGCUAUGUUCAACCUCGGGUACAUGCAUGAGAAAGGCCUUGGCAUCAAGCAGGAUAUUCACCUUGCAAAACGCUUCUACGACAUGGCAGCUGAUGCCAGUCCCGAUGCUCAAGUCCCUGUCUUCCUUGCGCUCUGCAAACUAGGAAUUAUUUAUGCCCUCCAGUACAUGCAAGAAACCAAUAUCAAAGAGGUAUUCUCACAUCUUGACAUGGACCAGCUUUUGGGACCGGAGUGGGACCUUUACCUGAUGACCAUCAUUGCUUUGCUUUUGGGCACAGUUAUAGCUUACCGGCAGAGGCAGCAUCAGGCGAUCCCCCGGCCUGCAGGGCCACGGCCCGCUGUGCCUCCUCAAGAGCCUCCCCCAGAACAUCAGCCACCGCAAUAGCAGAAGCAUGCGUCUCAAUGAAGUGAACUGGAUUUUCCAGCUGGGACUGCUCGUGUGAUGUUAUGACACCCGAUCAAAUGGCCACAUCUGCAAGAGAGACACACAAAAGUGUUGCAUUCUGAAAGCCGUUUAGAACUCUGCCUUUUUUUCAGGGAUUUGCAACUUUCUUCAAGAUGGAGUUGAAUGUUAUUUCAGUGCCAAUGAAAUAACAAAACAGCUUUUUUUGUGAAACACAAGUGUGCUACUUCAAAAGUGAUGCCUGCUGUAUCCAGAUUAUUCAGUGCCCUUUUCAAUUUGUCUCUUGAUAGUUCAGAUUUUUUUUUUCUGGUGGAAGUUGGCCCACAAAGGAAGGAAAGCAUUGUGAGGCUUAAUAUAACAAAAUCAGACCUUUGCCCUUCUAAGUAAAAGGCAGUCCUCCUUUCAGUGUGUGUUUGGCAUUGUGAAAACUUGAUUUCCUUUCCGGUUCUCCCAGUUGCUUCUAAAGCCAUCUUAAUCCCUUAAUAGUAUUUUUCAUCUUUGAGCAUUUGUUUGGAUGCUUUAACUUGGAUAUACCAGUCAUAAGAAGCAGAUAAAGACUAUGGGUAAAUAUGACUAUGCUACUAAUUCGCCACUGUCUGUACAUAUCCUCCCUAAUUUGACAUACUCUUUUCCUGGUAGCAGGGUUUAGAAAUACAAGUUGCACUUGAAAAUGAAAAUAAUAGUUUAACAAAACCCUCCAAACAUGUUCACAGAAUUUAGUUUUGCUUAAAUGAUGCACACUCAAGAGCCUGUCUGUAACUUGUAAGAUUCCCCCCCUCCCCAAGUAUGCAAGGUAGCUUGUUCAGUUUUCCUUCUUUAACUGUUCCAUAAAUUUGCCAAGAUCAGCUGAACAGUGGGCUGGAAAAAGAACCAGUGUUAAUUAACUUCAGAAGGCUUCCUCAUGGCAGCCCUAUUUUUUCCCAGUGGCAUUUUCUUAUGGGGUAGUGCUGGUUUCCUUUUCAGCCCAUCAUGAUGCAGUUCGAAUGAGCCGGAUUAUCUUAACUUGGUAUCAAUAGUUUGUUAUUAACAGCAAUCUACAUAUCUCUAAAAUACAUAAACUCCAGUUUUCUGUUGCAUAUGCCAUCUGGGGUACAAAGCACCAAAUCUGCAUAUACUAGACUGCUCUAAAGAUAUGGUUAAUGACAGCCUCAAGAUUUAGACUACACCAGUCUGAGAGUACAACUCUCUGGGCCAGUCAUGAUCUGGCUAGAUCCGAUUUGUAAAUUCCCUGGGGAGGGUAUGGAUAUAGUACCCCAUGGCUAAGUUAUAGUAGAAAACCUAAUUCACUGAGUGUGCCAUGCCAUUAAAUCAACCAUAACAUGUUCAAAUCUGUAAUAUUAGUGUGGAUUCUUUUUUAAAGUGAUUACCCUGUUUACUUAAGUUGUUUCACAAAGUAAAGAUACAAGGAUAGCUUUCUGGCUAAAGACCAAAACAGAAAUAUUUCCCUUUUCUGCUACUAUACUAGCAGUUAUAGAUGUCUGUUUCUAGAGCAUUGUUAUAUAAGCUGUCAAUACUCUUGAAAGCAACGUUGUAUUUGAAUGCUGCACGCAGCAUAUCUUUGAACACCAACAGCUUUUGUUAGUAGGUAAACAUUUGAUUUAUACUUGGAGCAGCAAGGGCCUCUUUAAAAUAGAGAGUGGGGGAGAAAGAAACUCUUCAGCUCUAAAAGGUAAGGAUAUUCUUGAGCAAGAUUGCCUUACUAUUAACUUGUCCUAGAAUCUGUGGGAUGGGCUUCUAGUAGCAUCUGUGGGAUGGGCUUCUGUGGCUUAAUGACAGUAUUAUAAAAACAGAUGACCUUGUGGGUAGUCUUAGAACUUUUCUUCAAAAUGCACACACAUUAGAUACGGAGAUAUAAAAAUCGCUUAAUAUGAAUAAAAGGUUUCCAAAACUUUGACAAAAAGGAAUGGCAUUACUGAAAUUCUACAUAUAAGCUUAAGUUCCAAGGAGCAAUAUGUGUAUUGAGGAGAGAUUUCUUUGACAUUUCAGGAGCUCUCACAGCCCUAGAAGCAAGGCAUUGCUCUAGCAACAACUUGCCUCUUCAGUGGUGAUAGCUACAACUGUGAAAAUGUUCAAGAUUCCAGUUGCUUGCAUGUAUGCAACUUUUUUUAAGUGCUAUAGAGUGAAAUCCUUAAUUUCAAUGAAAUAUAAACUGUGAUGCCAUUGUCCUUGUUGCAUUGAAAUCAAACUUCACUUUCUCUGGAUGAUAGCUAGUAGCCACAUUAGUUCUUCAGAUUCAGAAUUUUCAUACAUUUCCAAAGCCUUUCUCAUCUGAUUUUAUGUUUAAUUACGAAUGUGGAUAUUUUUAAAGAAUUGCUAUUUGCACCCUCUCAAGACUUGUUUCCAUUUAUUAGAAGAACAUAAUGGUUGGCUCUGCCUGUUUAAUCUCUACCUAAUGAUGUUGCAAUCAUAGUCCCCUUACCCACAUCUGUACUAAACUGAAACACUUUGGGGAAAUAAGUAAAUCAAUUUAUUUCCCCACAUUUAAAUUACAUUCCUGUUAAACAUGCAAGAUAAGCAAUAAUUGUGUUUUCUCUUGGGUUUUACCAUUGCUUAAUCUAUUUAAAUACUAUACAUUUGGAUGUGAUAUAACUUACACCAGGUUACAUGGAAAAACAUCAAGCUAACUCAGGGAUUUAAGGAUGGCAAGUAGAUCUUCUUUGUUACCUCCCUAAAAUAUAGUGUCUUUGAACAUCCCCUCCUACUCAGAAUAAACUUAUUAAAUUUUAAAUUAAGGCUAGCACAUACCAAUAUAAAAUUGCUUGUGUUCAGCUGAUGGUAGGAAAAUAGGCGUUGGCUUUUUAAAAACUUUGCUGUGGGGUAUGAAAUCAGCAGAGACAUGUUGGAAAAAAUAGAGGGAAGGAUGGGUUUAAAUAACCUAAGCUAAAUGGGCUACUUGACAUGGAUCAAAUUCAAAUUGUGAUUCUACUUGUAAAGCAUUUCCAGAGUAGAGAUUGUGUAAUUAAAAGUUGUCUUCAUAAACCAUAAAAAGUUGGGUAUAUUUAUCCAAGAUGGCUUAGAACAUAAAGGACUUGGGUUAGGAUUUGCUGAAACUACUCUAUUUCUAAUCAGUCUCUUUUCUGAAAGUUACCACUGUAGCAGAUGUUGUGAACAUGAAGAGCAGCAUGUUUCAGAGAAUAUAAUUAUAUACUGUUUGAUGAAUUUUGCUUACCGUGUUAGUAGUGCUAUCCAUAUAUAUGCAAAAAAUUGUCCUGAAACUUGCACAUAGAGAAGUGACAGUGUUUGAGUGAAGGAUUUACUCAACUCUUUACAAAAAAUCACUAAACCAGGAAUAAAUAUUUAAAAUAACAGGAUGUUUCCCCACAAAUCUGUGUUGAGGCUCCUAGUUUCUGCCUUCCUCUUCUUGGUUGCUGUUACAGAUGCAUCAUAAUCUGUUAUCCAUAAUGUGGUUGUGCGUGAAAUAUUUCAUUCUGUGACUAACAUCCUUAGGGGAAUAAAGUAGGGUGGGGGAGCUGAGCUUGUCUUUAAGAGAGAAUACUAGGUAAUUAGUUGCUUUCCCUAGAGGGGAUGAGAGAAUUGAAGGAAAGUUCAAAGGUUUUUUGCCAUGUUUUAACAAGCCAAACAAAUGUACAGCACUCAAUCCAACUAAAGAUAGCCAUUACUGUUGGGCCUAGUUUGGUUUUUAUGUGACACUAGGUGGGUUAAACCAGUCCCCACUGUAACCAAUGGAACAAACAAAUUGUGACUGACGUCACGAGAAUGAGCAUGGUGUAAAAAUAACAAAUGGAGAUCAUGUGGGGUUUUGAGCGAUUGGUGUUGUGCAUAAAUAGUCACUAACAUUUGCAUGUGCAAUAGUAGAACAUCUGUCAUGUACCUGCAGGCCACAGAUCCUUGAUGUAACUGUCUGGUUCCAAUUACUUCCGUGGAACUAAGGUUGAGAUCCUGUGCACACUUGUCUGGGUGUAUGCCGCAGUGAACAUAACAAACCUUAAUUCCAAGCAAAUAUACAUAGGAUCAGGCUGCUGGUGGCUGAAUCUGGAUUGGGGCCAGAACUUACACCCUGUUUAAAACCCACAUGCCCCAGUUACAAAGAUGGAAGGUUACUUCUACCAGUUAUUUAAUAUUUUAAACUGAACAUGAUAAACAAUGUUCCCAUAUUUUUUGUAUGGUUUUGAAAGCUGCAAGUGAAUGCAUACAUUUGGGAAAGGGCUAGCGAGAAGAGUCCUUUUGUCUCAUGUUGGCCUGUCGCUACGAGUGUAUAAGAGGUUUUGUAAAUUUUCUUUUGUAUUUAAGAUGAUGCAGUAUAAAGGCUGGAAAAGUGUAAUAUAACUGUGUAAACAAAUCCUGUUAAUAGAAAGAUGUACAGAUUCAUUUUGUACUAUAUCUUGUUGAAUAAAGAUGCCACUUUUGUGAUUGGCCUGUAAUGCUGUAAGAGAA